AUGGAAGAAUUUAACAAAUUAUCUGCCGAAUUUAAAUCUAAUUGGAUAUGUACCGGGUGCAACGUCAAGCAAAAGAGGAGUGGAAAUAAUUCUGAAACUCCUAUCCGAUCGCCGCUUUCUACACCUACCACAAGCAACGUUACUCUGCGCGCGAAGCCUAGCUCCAACGCGAACCUUUUAGUAUCUGCCUCAUCGCCAGAAUCCGCGAAUAUAUCAACCGAUGCUCUCAGGAUUCUAAUUCGUGAAGAACUUAAAUAUGUUCUGCAUAAUUAUAUAGAAGAAAAAAUAGGUAACCAAUUAAGUGAGAUUAGAAGGGACAUAGAGGAGUUUAGAACCUCACUUUCAUUCAUAAAUCAGCAGUAUGAAGAUAUAAAGACGGAAUAUCAGACAAAAUUUAACACAUUAGAAAGUUUGGUUGCAGCCAAUACUUCACUUCGCUCCUCUAUCCAAGAUUUAAGUUCUCGUCUAAACCAAUUUGACCAGCUUAGUCGGGCCAGCAAUCUAGAAAUUCAAUGUGUUCCUGAAUUUAAAAACGAAAAUAUUCCAAACAUGAUUGCGCAACUUGCUCGCACAGUCCAAUAUUCGUUAGAUGAUAAUGAUAUCCAUUUCUGUGCCCGUAUUGCUAAGAUGCAUAAGGAAAGCCAACGCCCUCGAUCCAUACUUGUUAAACUAAAUAGUCCCCGUACACGCGACAACUUUCUCCGCUCAAUUAUCAAAUACAACAGGGAAUCGAAAAUAAAACUACAAAGCAGGGACCUUGGCAUCGGCAGUGACCAAUCCUCAGCGAUAUAUGUAAUGGAGCACCUUUCUCAUGAAAAUAAACUUCUUCAUGCCGAAGCAAGAAAGAAGGCUAAGCAACUAGACUAUAAGUACGUUUGGAUUAGAGGUGGUAAGAUUUUCAUGAGAAAGGCUCCUAAUUCAAACGCCGUAUUAGUUAAGGACAUUCACGUUCUCAAAAAUCUUAACGAAUAA